UAAACAAACCUAAACGUAUUAUUAUGUGAUUAUUGGAAGUAAGCAGGACUUUAUUAAAGCUCAUUUUAAACUGCAUGCUGCUCACAACAAGAAGGAACUCUGUUGCUACAUGAAAACACAGAAAAGAGCCAUUCAACGAGAGACCAGAGAUGCAGGAGAGGAGCUGCGUCUGUUUGGAGGGGUUUUGGUUUUGGAAAAUCCGACGUUAGAUCGGAAAACGAUUUAUUGCAAAGUCUGUCAAGGCGCUGGUGGCAACACUAGCAGCGACAACAAGCUAACUAGCUAACAAGCUAACGCGCAAACUAGCUAACAAGCUAACGCGCAAACUAGCUAACAAGCUAACGCGCAAACUAGCUAACAAGCUAACGCACAAACUCGCUAACAAGCUAACUAUCUAACAAGCUUCAAUGUUUAUGUUUUAAAUUUAUGGAGAAACCACCAAAGCAUUUUUUGAAAACGGCCAAUGUGAGUUUCAAAUGAAAACAUCUGGUCAGUGGCUCACUAAGGCGUCCAUUGUUUGGAAAUGUGCUAUAAAUAAGUUAUCAUUAUUAACGUUAAAUACGCACGUGCGAAUUAUAUGAAUCUAGCAAACGAUGAGCUGCAUCUUGAACGACCUCCGGCUGGAGGGGAAGCUGUGCGACGCCGUGAUCCGCGUCACGGGACACGAGGACUUCACAGUCCACAAGGUCGUCCUCUGCAACUGCAGCACCUACUUCAGAGAUCUCUUCUGCACCAAGUCGUCGCCGCAGCAGAAGAUCUUCACCUUGCCCCACGUGUCGCCAACCGCCAUGCGCCUCCUCCUGCAGCACGCCUACACCGGCUCGGUGGCGCUGACGGAGGAGAACUUGCUGGAGCUGUUGGAGACGGCGGGGCGCCUCGCCGCCACCGCCGUGGUCCAGGCCUGCUGCGACUUCCUGGAGCGCCGGCUCACCUCCGUCACCUGCGUGGAGACGUGGCUGCUGGCGGACUCCCACAGGCGGCCCGUGCUGAGGCGGAAGGCCUACCACCACAUGCUGCGACACUUCGAGGAGGUGGCGGCCAACUCGGAGAAGUUCCUGGAGCUCUCCGCCUGGCAGCUGGCGGAUGUCAUCGGGCGGGACGAGCUCCACGUGAAGCGGGAGGACGUGGUGUUCGAGGCCGUCCUCCGCUGGGUGGGCCACGCCCCCGAGGACCGCUGUUGCCACCUGGUGAUGCUGAUGAGCAAGGUGCGCCUGUUGUUGAUGUCCAGCCACCACCUGCUUGGCGGGGUGAGUCAGAACACGCUGGUGAGGAGGAACCUGGAGUGCAUGACCAUGGUCAUCCAGGCCAUCGCGGCCAUGCGCAACCCCGCCGCGGCGAGGCCGCUGGCCCCCGUGCGCCUGCCCCCCGCGCUGCUGCUGGCCAUCGGCGGCUGGCAGAGCGGCUCCUCGUGCAACCAGAUCGACGUGUACGACGUGCGCGCGGACCGCUGGUCCAGAAUGGCCCGCGGGCCCUUCGUGGGCUUCCACAGCUUCGCCGUCCUCAACGGAGCCGUGUUCUGCAUCGGGGGCUUCGACGGGGUCCAGUACACGAGGAGCGUGUGCGCGAUGGACGUCGCCACGCGGACCUGGCGGAACGCGGGCUCCAUGCGCAAACCCCGCGGCCACCUGACCGCCGUGGUGCUGGACGGCUGCAUCUACGCCCUGGGGGGGAUGGACACAUUCGGCAUACUCAACACCGCCGAGCGAUACCGGGCCGACACCGGGAACUGGACCUUGUUGGCGCCGAUGCACAGGCAGCGGAGCAACAGCUGUGCGGCGGCUCUGCGCGGCAAGGUGUACAUUUUUGCCGGCGUCCCCUUUUACACGGCUCUGGCCAACGCCGAGUGCUACGACCCUCACACCAACCAGUGGACGCUGAUCGCCCCGAUGCCCGCCGGCUACAACGCCGCGCAAGCCGCCGCCUACGAUGACCUGAUCUACGUAGUCGGCGGCGUCAGACAAAUCGACACCACCAACAGAGUCCUCACCUACGACCCGGGCUCCAACAGGUGGAGCAGGGGAACGCCCAUGACCUCUGCUCGCUCCAGCUUCGGCUUGGCGGUGUUGGAGGACAAGCUGUACGCCGCCGGAGGCUUCAACAGCCCCCGCUGCAUCCGCUACGUGGAGCGCUACGACCGGGCCACCGACAGGUGGAGCAGCGUCCGGGACAUGGAGGGGGCUCGGUGGGGCUUCAGCCUCUGCGUGGUGGAGCGGGAAGACUACGCCGCCGAGAACCUGUCCCGCAUAUCAGGGGAAGUUCCUGCAGGUCCGUGA